UGACGGCCCAUCUUUGGACCGUGCGACGAUGGGAGUGUUUGCGGACGCCGUCAAGUCCGCGCUCGAGCCGGGCACAGGCGACAAGUUCGUGAUCGCCGUUAAUGCGGUACUUGUGACACUCCUUUUGGUGAUCGGGCUGACGAUUUGGACCGGGAUCGAGGACUCCAUCCACAUGUUUGUGUUUCUGUUUCUUGCCGUGGGGCUGACGUUGUCGAUCAACUGGUUCAUCAUGGAAGCGCGGAGUCUGCAAGCGCAAGGGAAGCUUCAAUGGGGGGCAGACGACAGCGCGACAACCAACGAGGCGAAGCAGCAAGAGCUUAAGAAGACGGACUAGGACAAGUGUGCGCGCGCAUUGCGUCGAAGCACGUCAACAACCUUGCAUGAAACAAGAGUCGUUAAACAGGUUACACUUCGUCAUGGCUAUAAUUUCCGCUAUCGUCACGAGCGGACGGUGGCGGAGGAGAUCGAACCCGACGAUUUACGGGAUGCUCUUGAAGCAAUUCGUCGUCGUCGUC